AUGACUGCCUCCCCUACUAAGUCAAACGAUAUUAUCGUCGAGCUGUCGCCUCAGGACUCCACCAUGACCCCCACCACUGACUCGAAGCCUGAAGUCGAACAUGAAGAGAAGCACAUAGAGUUGGUCCACCACGACUUGAAGGAGUUGGAGAACUCUGGCUUGUGGUAUCACAAGAGAAUUGUUCCUUGGAUUCCUCCUUACUCCAAUUCCUUCGUGCAGAUUGUCGUGAUGUCGUUCGUUAUCUUCUUGACCCCUGGUUGUUUCAACGCCAUUACUGGUAUUGGUAACUCGGGUAUCUCCGAUCCAAAAGUCGCUGACAACGCCAACGUUGCUUUGUACUCUUGUUUCGCUACUAUCGGUGCUUUUGGUGGUGUCAUCUGUAACACUAUUGGUGUCAAAGCGUGUCUUAUGUUUGGUGGUACUGGUUACCUCAUGUACACGGCUUCUCUUUUGUGUUUUCAUGAAGUUCAAAACAAGGGCUUCCCCGUCUUUGCUGGUGCUUACUUGGGUGUCUGCGCUGGUUUGACCUGGGCUGCUCAGGGUUCCAUCGUCAUGUCUUAUGCUCUUGAGCACAAGAAGGCUACUGCCAUUAUGGUAAACUGGGUGAUUUUCAACCUUGGUGCUGUUAUUGGAUCCAUCAUCCCGUUGGCUCAAAACAUGACUUCAGGUGAGUCUCACGUCAACGCCGGUACCUUCGUCAUCUUUAUGGUCUUGAUGGCCUGCGGUGUCGUUUUGGCCGGAUUCAUGCUUCCCAUGGACAAGGUCUAUAAGUCUGAUGGUACCAAAGUUAUCGCUAAGAAGUAUCCAAAGAUAACCCAGGAGCUCAAGGGCAUGUGGAAGGUAUUGAGAACAGAAAAGAAGAUCUACUUUUUGUUCCCCAUGUUCUGUGCCUCCAACUGGUUUUACACUUACCAAUUCAACAACUUCAAUGGUGCUCGUUUCAAUGUCAGAACUAGAUCUUUGAACAGUUUACUCUAUUGGCUUACACAGAUGAUUGGUGCUAUAUUGAUCGGAUUCAUGUUGGAUUGGAAGAGAUUCUCUAGACCAGUUCGUGCCAGAAUCGGUUGGACCGUAAUUUUCGUCAUUGGAAUGGUCACCUGGGGCGGUGGACUUAAAUUUCAAUUGGGCGUUACAAGAGAGAACGUUGAAGAUAUGGAACUCAUCGAUUUCCACGAUGGGGCUUACAUUGGCCCAAUGUUCUUGUACAUGUGCUACGGUUUAUUCGACGCUAUUUUCCAAUCUUACAUUUUCUGGAUCUUAGGUACUUUCUCUAACAACCCUAAGAAGGUGGCAUUAUAUGCAUCGUUCUACAAGUCUUUGCAAAGUGCUUUCAACGCUAUUGUCUGGAGAUUGGAUGCGCAACAUACUCCAUUCAUGCACAUGUUCACCAGCUCUUGGGCAUUGCUGGCUGGCACAAUGGUCAUUGCAGCCCCAUGUGUCUUUUUCAUGAUCACUGAGCACACUGCUGCAGAAGAUGACGAUAUCGAUGAGAUUAUGGACGAAGACGAGAUUAUCGCCGUGAAGUCCGUUGAAGAGUUGAAGGUUGCCAAGGAGGCAUAA